AUGUGGAGCUGGUUUUUCACUGUGACCGUCCUGCUCUCCUCCAUGAAACGGAUUGAAGCUCAGGGCAGGUGUAAUAAUGUGCAGGCAGCAGAUAUUGUUUUCCUUGUUGAUGGGUCUUCCAGUAUUGGCCGAGCUAACUUCCUGCAGGUGAAAGGCUUUAUGGCUGGAAUCGUCAAGCCAUUUGCCAGCUCUGUCAGUGAGACGGGUAUUCGGUUUGGGGUCAUACAAUACAGCGACACCUCCAGAGUUGAAUUUACAUUUAGUACCUACCUGGUUGGCACUGAGCUGAUCAAUGCUGUAGAGAAUCUGAACUAUAAGGGUGGAAACACACGGACUGGUGCUGGUCUCAAGUUUGUCGCUGAUAACUUCUUCAACCCUGCGUCCAGUCGGGAUGUACCAAAGAUCACUAUCCUGAUCACAGACGGAAAGUCACAAGACAGUGUGGAAGAACCAGCACAGAAGCUGCGCAGUCAAGGAGUGCAUGUUUUUGGAGUCGGUAUAAAGAGCGCUGACCAGAAUGAAUUGACUCAGAUUGCCUCCCAGCCCAGCAGUGAUUUCACCUCCUUUGUUGGGGACUUCAAACUGCUGAACACUCUUCUUCCUCUUGUGAGCCCACAAGUGUGUUCCAAAGCAGGAGGAGUCUAUGCUAGUGAUGAGGCCUUUUCAGGUCCAUCGAACAUUCAGUUCACAGGCCAAACAUCUGAUACUCUCAGGUUUCGCUGGAGUGCAGCAGGGGGGCCUUUGAGUGGCUAUGUGGUCCAGUAUGUGCCCCUGUCCGGUCUGGGUCAACCUAUCUCAGCAGAGCUGCGUCAGGAGACUGUCUCUGCCAGUCAGAGGACCUUUACCGCACAACAGCUGAGGUCAGGAACCGACUACCUGGUGACUGUGAUCGCCCAAUACCCCAACAGUGUGGGGGAGUCUGUUUCUGCAAAGCAACGAACCAGGUCUUUGCCAGGGGUCACCAGUCUCCGCCUGGUCCAAGCAGGCUUCUUCUCUCUUUCUGUGGGCUGGAGUCAGCCUUCGUCUCCUGUGCAGGGCUACAGACUCACAUAUGGACCACGAGGUCAGCCAGCAGCUCAGCUGUUGGAGCAGUCUCUGUCUGCAGACUCCACAUCGGUCACCUUGGAGUCACUUCAGCCCGACACAGAGUACGUCGUCAGCCUCUAUCCUCUGUUCCCCCGAAACUCUGCAUCCCCGUCCAUCCUCAACGCCCGCACAUUGCGCCUUGAGCCAGUGCAGCAGUUAUCAGUGGAGACGGAGUCAGAGGGCAGUGUUCGUGUGCGGUGGAGAGGUGUUGGUGGAGCGCGGGCGUACCGUCUGGUCUGGGGACCAUUCACAGGUCGAAAUGUCGAGACGGUGGAGGUUGCUGGUGAGUCUCACACUUUGUCCAGACUGCAGUCCGACACUGAGUACAUCGUCACGAUCAUCCCGCUGUAUGAGGGCAAUACUGAGGGCCCGGUGGCAACCGCCAGGUUCAAGAUAGAACGUCAGGAGCAGCAGGUGCUCAGAGCAGCAACCACCAGCCCGUCCUCUAUUCGCCUCACCUGGAGAAUCAUUCAAUCAUCUCGAGGGUACCGCCUGGAGUGGAGGGAGGGGGAAGGAGGCAGUGUCCAGAGCCUAACCUUUCCUAGAACGACUACCAGCUAUGAGCUAACAGGCCUUCGGCCCAACACAGAAUACAUCAUCACCCUGUACACCCUGUUUGAAGGCCGUGAGGAGGCCACACCUGUUUCCACCACAUCUAGAGAGGAACAGCCAGUGGGGAAGGUGUCCAACCUGAGAGUUGUGGAGUCUCUGGGCAGCACCGUCAGACUCGGCUGGACGGGUGUAGCCGGAGCCACACAGUACCGCAUCAUUAUCUCCAACGCAGAAGUGGGGUCAGAGGAAAUACGACUUAUCCCUGGAAACCAGACGACCCUUGACCUCAGAGACCUUACAGUGGGAGUGUCUUAUGGUGUCAGUGUCACAGCGCUGGUGGGAGAAAAUGAAGGGGACCCAGUUACUGUUUCCAUCAAACCAGAGCAAGGUGCUGGCAGAGUGACUAACCUCAGAGUGACGAACGCAAACAGUCGGAGAAUUCGAAUUGCCUGGACAGGUGCUUCAGGGGCAACAGGUUACCGAGUUACUUGGAAACAAGGCAACAAUCCAGAGCAGUCACGUAUUCUGGGGGCCGGGGUCACGGCCUUCACCAUAGACGGCCUGCAACCAGAUGAGGCGCUAGUAAUUGGUGUUGCAACUGUGGCUGAUCAACGGGUUGGAGAGGCAGUCACGCUGACUAGUCGGACCAACCCCAACGGUGGAUCAGUGUCUGGCCUUCGAAUCAUUGACGUUACAUCUCAGAGGAUACGCAUUGCAUGGUCACGUUCCAUUAGGGCGACUGGUUAUAAGGUCACUUGGCGCCGUGAUGAUGGAGUUGAAACAACUCGUAACUUGGCCGCCGAAGUCUCUUCCUUCACCAUUGAUGGGCUACAGUCAGAUUCAGCCUACAACAUAUUAGUUUCUACACUCACUGGCUCUCGAGAGGGAAGUCCUUCCACCCUGAGUAUCAGAACAGAAUCAGAUCAAUCUGUGAUUGGGACUGUGACGUCACUGCAAAUACAGGAGGGCCGUGGAGAGGUUGUCCGAGUCACUUGGGUUGGUGUGCAGGGAGCGACAGCUUAUCGCGUGACUUGGAGGAGAACGGAUGGUGGUGAAGAGAGGAGUCAGCUGGUGGGGGGAGAUGUGACGGGAGUGGAUUUAGACCAGUUGGACCCCGGAGCCCAGUACGAGGUGCAGGUCAUGGCUUUAGUUCAAAACAGAGAGGGAACCCCUGUGUCUGUCAGAAUCACCACACCUGGUACCCCCACAGUGCCCACCAUAAGAGUGGCAGAUGUUACCCAGAAUUCUAUGCGGAUUGGCUGGGCUCCACUACCAGGUGCAACAGGAUAUAUUCUACGCUGGAGAGAGGAGACAGAGGUUGGUCGAGGCUUGUCUGUUACGCUCCCUGCUGGGUCCAGCUCUUACCAGGUGACUGGGCUGCGUUUGGGCCGUCGUUAUCGCUUUACGCUGCAGCCCACCUUUGAAAAUGGAUUUGGAACUGAGAGCUCUAUUGUUGAACGCACUGUUUGUGUGGGCGGGCGUCUGGAUGUGGUGUUUCUGGUCCCGGCAUCCACCGAUCGGAAUAACCUCGCUAGAUCUCUGCGCGAACUGCUAACAAGUGCAGCAGGGUCGCUGGACACUAUUGGAGCCGGUGACUCUCAGGUGGGAGUUGUAGGAUACGGUUACAGACCCAAAUUAUGGUUCCUGCUUAAUCGCCAUGGCAGGUCGGACACACUUUUUCAAGAGCUCCAGUCCACACCAUUUGAUGAAAACCCGGGGAAUAACAUUGGUGAGGCAGUGAGAUUCACCAGGCAGUACCUUUUGACCCCCUCGGCUGGACGGAGGCCGAGAAUCCCUGGUGCUGUCGUCAUCAUUGCUGAUAAAAGAUCAGCUGACAACCUGACUCUCGCAGCCAGCAGCCUCAGGGCUACAGGUGUGACAGUGUUAGCAGUUGGUAUAGACCAGGCGGAUAUCGAGGAGCUGCGUCGGGCAGUGACGGACGGCAGCACCCAGAACAUCCUGUAUAGCCGUGAUGCGGCACAGUUGGACACAGUACAUACUGAUCUGGCAGACUUGCUCUGUGGCAUUGCCAGAAUACCAGACGUAGGUCCAGGUCCAGAACCGUGUACAAUUCAGUGCCCUCAGGGUGAGAGGGGAUAUCGUGGAGAGAAGGGUGAGAGAGGCAGAGAUGGUGCAGAUGGACGCAAGGGAGAUUCUGGCCGUGAUGGUCUGGCUGGAAGGGAAGGCCCCAGAGGACCUGAGGGACGCCCAGGUCCACCAGGCCCAGCUAUCCCUAUUGACCCCUCACUGGGGGUGAAAGGAGAAAAAGGCGAGAGAGGUUUUCCUGGCAUUGAUGGAAGUUCAGGGUUGCCAGGGCGACCAGGUUCCUCUGGAAAUGCAGGGGUCCCGGGUUCGCAGGGCAUACCUGGUAUCAGAGGAGAUACAGGUCAACCAGGUGGGACAGGGUCACUUGGGCCAAAGGGAAGUAAAGGUGAAAGGGGUGAACCAGGCUCAAUAUCAGGAGGGGGUCUUCCAGGGAGGAAAGGAGAGCCAGGCAUCCCGGGGAUACCGGGUACUCCUGGGCGGCCUGGCAGCGAUGGGACCAAAGGUGCCACUGGAUCUUCUGGAACAUCUGGUCUGGAUGGUCGACCAGGUUUACCAGGAACGCCAGGACUCUCCAUCAAGGGAGACAAGGGCAGCUCAGGAGAUAGGGGACCUCCAGGAGUCGGCAGCGGGGUGGCGGUGAAGGGAGAGAAAGGCUCCUCAGGUAGCCCAGGACCUCCAGGAGCUCAGAGCCCUAGAGGGCUAGCAGGACCUCCAGGCAUUAAAGGAGACAAGGGUGAUGGUGGCGAUGGGGUGCCUGGACCUCCAGGCAGGCAAGGAGACCCUGGUGACAGGGGUCCCCGUGGGCCUCCAGGUGAAAUUGGUGGCAAGGGUGAUCGAGGACAGCCAGGUGAGCCUGGAUUACAGGGAGACAGGGGGGAGAGAGGACCGGCUGGUGAAACUGGGGAGAGAGGGGACCCAGGGAAGCCGGGCCUCGCAGGAACACCAGGGUUGAGAGGUUUACCAGGGCCCAGUGGACCAGCAGGAGAAAAGGGAGUCGACGGUGCACGCGGGGAGCCCGGCAGAAGUGCUCCAGGUAUUCCCGGGAAGAAGGGGGAUCUGGGGGACCGAGGCCUGACUGGUCCCGAGGGGGCGAGGGGAGAAAAGGGAGAUGCAGGACAGAGAGGAGAGAAAGGGUCUUCAGGGUCAGGAGGGUCGGUUUCUGGACCUAAAGGAGAGCCAGGAGAGAGGGGACCUCCCGGUAUCAGUGGACGGCCAGCUGCCAAGGGAGAUCCAGGUGACCCAGGAGAGAGGGGGGACAAUGGGCGGCCAGGAAUCCCAGGAAAGCCUGGUCUUGCUGGGAAAGAGGGGGGGAGAGGAGAGAAGGGUGAUGAAGGCACACCUGGGGAGUCUGGACUUCCUGGGAAGUCAGGAGAAAGAGGACUGAGGGGACUGGCUGGUCAGCCGGGUCGACCAGGAGAGAAAGGAGACAUAGGAGACUCAGGAGAGAACGGACGAAAUGGCAGCCCUGGACCCGCAGGACUGAGAGGAGAGAAAGGAGAUCUGGGAGCCCAAGGGCCUCCAGGGCCACCAGGAAAAGUGGCUGAAAUCCAGGGCCAGCUGAAAGGAGAGAGAGGAGAGAAGGGCGACGAUGGCGACCCAGGAGAGCACGGCAGCAAAGGUCAGAAAGGCGAAGCCGGUAUUCCCGGAGCUGCAGGCUUACGAGGUCCGGAGGGACAACGGGGACUUGCAGGCAUAAGAGGCGAAACAGGAGAUAGAGGAGGGCCUGGAGAGAAGGGAGAAAGGGGAACAUCUGGCUUAGAUGGACGUCCUGGUCUGGAUGGUAAACCAGGUGCUGCUGGACCGCCUGGUCAGAGGGGUGAUCCUGGAAAACAGGGGGAUCCUGGGAGAGACGGUCUACCAGGACUAAGAGGGGACCAGGGCCCCCCGGGGCCUGUUGGGCCUCCGGGCACUGCAGGGACACCUGGUAAAGCAGGUGAAGAUGGCAAACCUGGGUCUCCUGGCAAAAUGGGCGAGGACGGUGUGCCAGGUGAAGACGGGAGAAAGGGUGACAAAGGAGAAUCAGGAGCUGCUGGAAGAGAUGGCCGAGAUGGGCUGAAAGGAGACCGGGGUCUUGCUGGGUCUGUCGGACCCUCUGGCCCUUCUGGGCCUCAGGGAGUACCUGGCAGCAUUGGUCCUCCUGGACAGGUGGUGUACAUGAAAGGAGCUCAAGCGGCACCAAUCCCCGGCCCGCAGGGGCCUCCGGGAACGCCUGGCGUGCCUGGGAUCCCUGGAGCUCUGGGAGCCAGAGGGGAUAGAGGGCCGUCUGGUCAGAAAGGUGAUGCUGGAGACCCAGGAGAGGACGGGGCACCGGGAAAACCUGGGACAUCAGUGGAUGUACAAAAGGCUCUGGCCAACUUUGACAUUCAGGUUUCAGAUCUAAAAGUUCUUAUGGACAGGAAGGACAUACUCCUGAAUCCUACAGCGCAGAAGGCAGUGAAAGGUGCAAAAGGAGACGGUGGAGAACCUGGACCGAGAGGACCGUCUGGUGCAGAUGGACUCCGUGGUUUUCAGGGCGAGAGAGGAGCAAAAGGGGAUCAAGGGGAGCGAGGACCCGUGGGAGCAACUGGGCCCCCAGGUAGAGCCAUUGGAGAACGAGGGUCAGAGGGACCGCCAGGUCCCUCUGGAGAGUCAGGCAAACCAGGAAUACCAGGAGUUCCUGGGCGAGCUGGGGAACUGGGGGAGUCUGGAAGACCUGGAGAUAAGGGGGAGAGAGGAGAGAACGGUGACAAAGGAGAAGCUGGUAAAAUCGGGCAAACGGGAUUAGUCGGCCCACCAGGUCAAAAGGGAGCAUCUGCUGACUCAGUACUGGUUGGUGCGCCUGGAGCCAGAGGUCCUCCAGGACUUCUAGGACUGAAGGGAGAACCUGGUGCUGCUGGAUCACUGGGACCUCAAGGAGAACGGGGUUCUGUGGGAUCUCGUGGUGACAAAGGAGACAGAGGACAGUCUGGAGAAAACGGACGUCAUGGCUUGCAGGGAUCACCGGGAGAACCAGGAAAAACGGGUCAGGAUGGGAAACCAGGCUUGCCUGGGUUCCCAGGAGUUCUAGGCAGACCGGGAAACCCAGGAGAGCCUGGAAUUAGGGGGCCAACUGGCCCCAUGGGUCCCAACGGGGUUCCAGGUCCGUCAGGUGUGAAGGGUAAUCAAGGAGAGCCAGGUGUUGGCGUCAAGGGUCCUCCUGGUGCCCAAGGGAGCACAGGUCUGCCAGGACCAGCAGGUCCCCCUGGAGCUGUAGGUCCACAGGGCGCUCCGGGACUGUCGGGGCAGGUGGGUGAAGCGGGUAAACCAGGAGUCCCUGGAAGAGAUGGGGUGCCUGGCAAAGAAGGAACAUAUGGAUUACCAGGAAAGCAGGGCAUUGCUGGACCUCCAGGCCUGGCCGGCUUAAAGGGGGAGCAGGGAGACAGCGGUCCUCCAGGGAAGGCUGUUGCUGGACCCGCUGGACCCAAAGGAGAGAGGGGUCUUAGUGGUCAAACACUUCCAGGCACGACUGGAGAGAGAGGUCUACCUGGAGAUAAGGGUAACAGGGGAGACAAAGGAGCUGCUGGCAACAAAGGAGAGAGAGGGGUGGAUGGUGAACCAGGAGAGCCUGGAGAAGAUGGGGCACAGGGACCUUCAGGGCCAAAAGGAGAUAAGGGAGAGAAGGGCAUAGGAAUGGCAGGUCUUCCUGGUCGGGUUGGGCCUCAAGGCUUAAAGGGAGAUCAAGGCCUUCCUGGUCCAGCUGGUCCUCCAGGGCUACAGGGGAAGUCAGGUAAUGCUGGGCAGCUGGGCCUGAGAGGAGAAACUGGACAACUAGGAGCUCCUGGACCACCAGGGGAUAGGGCCGUGCAGGAAAUGUCGGACCCCCUGGUCCGGCUGGUCCUCCUGGACAGGCAGGGGAGGUUGGCGUCGGAAUCCCGGUCCCAGAGGAGAGAGAGGAGAAUCAGGGCUGAGGGGAGAGGAGGGCCGGGCUGGCUUGGAUGGGGAGAGAGGGCCAUCGGUUAG